CCUUCUCUACUUUCUUCACUCACACUCAUUUAAAGUUCCCUACCCUUAUAAUUCCAAGCAGCUUUCUUGCUUCCAAUAUCUCCUGUACUCACUAUAUACAUAUAUAUAUAUAUAUAUAUAUAUGAUGAGUGACUUUGUAAUUGUGUCUGUUUCUCAUACAGCAGAGUCCUCCUCACCAUGAGUGCUGUCAGUUCACCAUCAUUAAAUCUUUUCAGCUAAUUAUAUCAUCAUCAUAAUCAAAAUAUGGGAUCAUGCAAUGGAAUGGCUUUCUUCCCUUCUAGUUUCAUGGUUCAAAACUCUUCUCAUCACGAUCAAGAAGAUCACCACCACCACCCCACUUCUUUCAAUUCAGUUCUCCCUUCCUCAUUCACAUCUCUUCGACCUGUAGACUUCCAUGGUACAGGUGUAGCAUCUCUUCCAGGAAAGAAAACAUCGUCAAUGGCUUUUACAGGUUUUGAUGUCUGUGAUCAUCAUCAAGAGAAUAACAAUAAUGGAGAAGAGGAUUAUUCAGAUGAUGGCUCACAAAUGGGAGAAAAAAAAAGAAGACUUAAUAUGGAACAAGUGAAGACACUUGAGAAGAAUUUCGAGCUGGGUAAUAAACUUGAACCCGAAAGGAAAAUGCAAUUAGCUAGAGCAUUGGGGUUACAACCAAGACAGAUUGCUAUAUGGUUUCAGAACAGAAGAGCUAGAUGGAAGACAAAGUCAUUAGAGAAAGAUUAUGAUAUCCUCAAGAGACAAUUCGAUGCUGUCAAGGCUGAUAAUGAAGCUCUACAAUCUCAAAACAAGAAACUUCGUGAUGAGGUACUGGCACUGAAAAGCAAGGAGAUACCAACUCACGAAUACAUCAUAAACCUAAACAAAGAGACGGAUCAGCAAGGAUGUUCAUCUUCAAGCAAUAGAAGUGACAAUAGCUCUGAAAUUAAUCUGGAUUUGUCAAGAAGAAGUACUACAACGUCCUCAGCCAUUGAUAGUCCUACUACGCUGUCCAGUUCUCAUCGGCAGCAAAUCGUAAGUAGUACUAAUACUAGGCCUACUACUAUUACUACUCUUUUCCCGUCAUCUUCCUCAUCAACGUCGAGGCCAAACCAAAUCCAAGUGGCUCAGCAAAUUCUCCAUCACCAAAAUUCUCAGCAAUAUCAUCAGAAGAGUACUAGUGUUGAUAAUGCAUUAGUCCAACCACAUCAAGAAGAAAGUUUGAUCAACAACAUAUUCUGUGGAAUUGAUGACCAGCCCAACUUUUGGCCAUGGCAAGAGCAGCAACAGUUCCAUAAUUAGUGAAUCUCCGAAGUCCAACCCAAAUUCUGAUUAUGGCAGACUGGCAAUGUGAGUUUAAAAUGGGUUAAAAAACAAUUAGGCUUUUCAUUUUCAUUUUUGUUUUUUGAUUAAGUUAGUAAUUAUAAGUUAAUUAUUGCUGUACACAAAAUAUUCCGUAUAUUCAUUGAGUUAUUAUUUAAAGGUUUUUUUUUUUGGUCCGGUGAAUGGGAAUCUAAAUCAUUUUGGGGAUCAUGAGAGAGGGGGAAUAAAAUUGUGUUUUGGGAACAUCAAUCAUGCUCUGUUAAUAUUUAAAUAUGCCCAUCUUGCACUUAC